CAUUGUGAGGUGUGUGUGCUUUGCUUGUGUGAACGGGGUAUUAGUGGCAGGCUGCUGACAUACCAUCACUCUACUCCCCAUGCUUGGACCACACGGUUCAGGGGUUGACACCAUUACGAAUUUUAUGUUGGACCAUAGAGCAAGGACCCUGGUUGGACUAACAGACUCUGAGGAGCUUCUCCGUGGGAUUAUUGCACACCUGUCUCAAAUGUUGUAAGCUGGUACCGGUGACAGGGUGUCAGCAUUGCUUAAGAAGAUGGCGACCUUAUCGAGCACCCGCAACAUGUUCAACUUUGUCUUGGUUCUUUAUCUUCUUGGCUUCAUUACCAUGGUAACUCGAUGGCGAAAGGUGGAAUUUGAAGAUGAUAGCAUCACACAGAGAGAUCAUGAUGGUGACCACUUCAAGUCAUCUACGUUACAGCAUUCACUUGUCGACGUGAAGGAGUCAAGCGAGGCAGUCAAGCAAAAUAAUGUGCUGAAGAUUGAAAGGAAGAUGCCAAUCUUGAACAAGGACAUUUCACUGGAAUCGGAGGAGAUAUUGGACAAACAGCGAGAACCAGUGGAAAAUCGUUCUUUAAAAGAAAAGAGAUUAAAACAGAAACCUGCGUUUAAGAAAGGUAAACGGUCAGUCAAUGAAACACCACCACAUUCUGUCGCUAAAGCAUCCAUCAAAGGCAAUGCUAGUACAAAUCAAACAGCCACGAAGAGGCGAACAGAAAAGAUCCCUGUAGUCGGGAAAGAAAAGAAAUUGACUACACGCUCCAAACAGGCUAAGAAAAAAACAACCCUUAACAAUAACGCAGACAAGAAAACAUUGUGGCAAACUGAGCAGACUCGACGAAGGAACACUCUUCACCAGGUUUGCAGCCGCUAUGAUAAUUACGGGCAACAGAGGGACGUCUCGGAAAUAAUUAAGAAGCAUAAACGCAGUUUUUGGCCAUUUAUAGUCGAGGACAAGUAUCGUCUUCUUUACACCUUUGUAUCCAAAGUAGGCUCCACAAACUGGAAGAGUGCCUUCCUUGUUUUAAAAGGAAAGUACAAGUCGGUGGAGGAUGUCCCCGGGCGGUUUGCUCAUUCUCCAAGUCUAAUCAAGCUAAGCACUCUUCCAGAAGAAGGUAUCAAACGACGCCUGGAUAACUACACCAACUUCAUCUUUGUACGUCACCCUUUUGCGCGGGUCUUAUCAGCCUACCGGAGCAAGUUCCUGCAGCCCAACCUCGCAUUUCAGAAAAGUACAGGCGUCCGGAUAAUAAAGAUGUACCGCCAAAAUGCUACCAAGGAGUCACUUGCGACAGGAAAAGACGUCUCUUUUCCGGAAUUUAUCCGGUAUAUCGUAAAUGCAAAGACCAUCAAUUUUGAUGGUCACUGGCAGCCGAUAUACAAGAUGGUCCUGCCGUGCGCAGUGAGGUUCGAUUAUAUCGGAAAGCUGGAAACGGGCGAAGAGGACGCAAAAUACAUACUGAAAGAGACCAAAGUGGACCAUCUUGUUCAUUUCAUGACGACUAAACGCAAUGUUAGUCACGACGCCGCGAUUUUUAACCAUUACUACUCUCAGAUACCCAAUAAAGACCUCGUUAAGUUGUACAAAGUUUAUCAGCCGGACUUCCAGUUGUUUGGGUACGAGGUUCCAGAUACUAUGAAAACUCUUCUCAAAGUGUCUCGUUAGUUCGUUAAGGACGUCAAGACUUUACUUGCGGUCACGUCGGACCACUUCUAAAUGGUGUGUUUAAAAUGUGUUUUUAUUGAUUCAUUAAUUAGAUUGUUGCAGUUUGCCAGGUGAUCAUCAAUUAGCGAAAUUAAGAGUUUAAAUAAUUAUAUCUACUUAUGGCUUUUAUUUGUAAUGACUGUAUUCCUAUUCCCAUUUAUCCCGAAAACCACAUCACACAUCAGUGCUUCGUGUAUCUUCGAAUACAGAAUAAUUAUACUUUUUAUAUCGUGUGCUUGAAUGCUGUAAUUCCAUUGGUCUAGGACGGCCACGUGUCUGGACAAUACAAAUGCAUGUUACACACUGAGGGUGAUAUCGCACUGCGUUCAUUGCGCGCGUUGCGCGGAACCUGUCGGCGCGCCAGCUUUGCGCAGUGAGAACUGCAUGACAAACGCUCAGUCUCAUGUCCGGCAAGACAUCAACACAUUCAUUAUUUUACCAAAGGUUACAUCACAGUGAUUGAAUUUAUUUUUCACACAGUAAGUUAUAUUUUUGAGUUACUGGCACCAUAACAAAACAAUUGUUGACUGCUGUGAUGUGGGACGUUUUGAACACCCUCCGGGCGCAUAAACUGAACACCCUCGGCUUCGCCUCGGGUGCUAUGCGCCCCUCGGGUGUUAACAAGUGCGAGUGCAUGCAUAAUAAGCUCUGGCCGUCUUCAUGAAAAUCUUGCAUGAAAUCUAUCAAAAUAAUCCCUGGCGGAGCUUAAAAAUGCGACGCCGAUGGCACAUAUGGAACACCAUGCUUCAGAUGUACACCUUGAUUUAUAGCGAUUUGUGAUAAAUACCACGUGACUAUAACAUUAAUGCACAUAUUUUCAGCCUCGACUCCAUGGGCGCGUGCGUGUUCCUUCACUAACGUCGACACCUUAAUGUUUGAAAGGAUUGAUUCUUCAAAAACACAACUUUCAACAUUUUAAAGAUGGCGUCGCGCGUUGACACAUUUAAAUUAGACAAAUCCAGGGGUUAAGAUCUCGCAAGGCAUGAUGGCGCAGCAAGAUCGUACCCAUGGAAACGAGGUUGACAUAUUUUGUCUCCAUUCACAAACUUUUCAUAAGCAUCUUUCCGAAUUAAUUUCCGAAGAAAAGAAAUUGUUAAGUAUUUAAUUGAUUUUGUUUGCUUUUUUUUUGAAAAUUAAAAUUUGGUAACUA